GCCUGCUCAGGAAAAUGUACCUGGAGACUUAGUCACACCCGGCCACCUCCCAUCUGCCAGCGGGACAGGGGUGGGGUUGGAGUGGACCUGGGCACUGGGAGGGACAUGCAGCCUUUUACGGCCGGGGAUAAAGUUCUCCCUGGUCUAAGCCUCAACAGCUCUCACCCCAGCUGGUCCCCUGGUGUCUCAGCCUCACCCAAGUCCCAGCCUCACCAGGGUCCCGGCCCCUCCAGAGUCCCAGCGCCCCCACCUUGCCGCCACCCCACAGCCAUGCAGGGCGCCUGGGGGCUGCUGCUCCUGGGCCUGAGGCUCCAGUUCUCCCUCGGCGUCAUCCCAGCUGAAGAGGAGGACCCAGCCUUCUGGAACCGCCAAGCAGCCCAGACCCUGGAUGCCGCCAGGAAGCUGCAGCCCGUCCAGACGGCCGCCAAGAACCUCAUCCUCUUCUUGGGGGACGGGAUGGGGGUGACCACGGUGACAGCGGCUCGAAUCCUAAAGGGACAGAAGAAUGGCAAGCUGGGACCCGAGACGCCCCUGGCCAUGGACCAGUUCCCAUACACGGCUCUGGCCAAGACAUACAAUGUGGACAGACAAGUGCCAGACAGCGCGGGCACGGCCACAGCCUACCUGUGUGGAGUCAAGGCCAACUACCAGACCAUCGGUGUGAGUGCGGCGGCCCGAUAUAACAAAUGCAACACCACAUGGGGCCACGAGGUCACCUCCGUGAUGCAACGGGCCAAGAACGCAGGGAAGUCAGUGGGCGUGGUGACCACAACCAGGGUCCAGCACGCCUCUCCAGCCGGCACCUACGCACACGUGGUGAACCGAGAGUGGUACUCAGAUGCGGACAUGCCCCCAGAGGCGCUGAAGGAGGGGUGCCAGGACAUCGCCACGCAGCUCAUCUCCAAUGUGGACAUUGACGUGAUCCUGGGUGGAGGCCGCAAGUACAUGUUUCCCAGCGGGACCGCUGACCCCGAGUACCCCGGUGAGGCUGCGCAGAGAGGGGUCAGGCUGGACAAGCGGAACCUGGUUCAGGAGUGGCAGGACAAGCACCGGGCUGGCCGGUACGUGUGGAACCGAACGGCACUCAUCCAGGCCUCCCAGGACCCCUCUGUGACUCACCUCCUGGGCCUCUUCGAGCCGGGGGACAUGAAGUACGAGGUGUACCGAGACCCCGUGCAGGACCCGAGCCUGAUGGAGAUGACGGAGGCGGCCUUGCGCGUGCUGAGCAGGAACCCCCGAGGCUUCUACCUCUUUGUGGAGGGGGGUCGCAUUGAUCAAGGUCAUCACGAAGGCAAAGCUUAUCUGGCACUCAAUGAGGCUGUCAGUUUUGAUGACGCCAUUAGCAAGGCCAGCCAGCUCACAAGCGAGAAGGACACGCUGACCCUCAUCACCGCCGACCACUCGCACGUCUUCACUUUUGGUGGCUACACUCUGCGUGGCAGCUCCAUUUUCGGCCUGGCUCCUUCCCUGGCCAAUGACAACAAGAGCUACACCUCCAUCCUUUACGGCAAUGGCCCCGGCUACGCCAUCAGCCAGGACUCCCGACCCGACGUCAACGACAGCGUGAGCGGGAACCCCCAGUACAGGCAGCAGGCGGCCGUGAACCUGUCGUCCGAGACCCACGGCGGCGAGGACGUGGCGGUGUUCGCGCGCGGCCCGCAGGCGCACCUGGUGCGCGGCGUGCAGGAGCAGCACUUCGUGGCGCACGUCAUGGCCUUCGCCGCCUGCCUGGAGCCCUACACGGCCUGCGGCCUGAGCGGUGCGGCGCGCCCCGGGCCCUGUGGCAGCCCGUCGCUGGUCCUGCUGGCCGGGGCGCUGCUGCUGCUGGUGCUGCUGGGGACCGCGAUGCCCUGACCGCUCCCCGGACCCCGCCCCCGGAUCCCCACUCCUCCUGUGCCCCCAAUCGUGGUUCUGCUGCACCCGUGUCCAAAGCCUCCAGACCCAGGACCCACCUCUGGCCCCUGCGUCCUGACCUUUACAUGUUGGCAAUAAACGGGCCUCAGCUGGUGUGGCGCUGACCCCACCCCACCCCACCCUGCUGCGGCACCGGACCUUGGGGCGCCCUGAAGGCUGAGGCAGUGAUGCUCCUGCGGCACCCAGGGCCAUCCCGGUCUUUGGGGCUCUCCGCCCCCAAGCUAGGCGGCCUGACAGUGGCUGCCUGGCACCCUGCAGCCAGUGAGGGCACCUUGUUGGUGAUGGAGGCUGCUGGGGUCACCUGUUUGGAAGGUGGGUUGGGGGAGGGGCUUUGACAGUGUGGAGGGCAAGACCAGUAAAACGGCGGUGGUCGGGUUAAGACAGCAUGAAGCAUAUAAAACAAAGUGGAGUCGCUUAUGCUAACUGAAACGGCUGUCUGUCGGCCAUGACACUUCGGUUCCAGAGGAAAAUUCCCUAAGUCAGAGUAAGCGCUUGUGGCAAGGAGACAGGUCUGCCCACGUGGUCAGAGCAGAACUGUGUGG